AUGUCGAAGAUUAUUAUCAAACUACUCUUAACCGUCGUUACGGUCGCCAUAACCGUCACCCUUACGAUCUCCACCAUCGGCAACGAUCCCAAAUCAACUCCAACUGAACCGUUGGCUGUGAAACCGUUCCCAAAGAGGGUCAGUCGGUUUCUAGCCGAGACCAAGAACCCACGAGCCGCAGACCACUGCAAGAAAGAUGACGAGACUUGCUAUAUCUUACAAGGCAAAAACUCGACUUGUUGCAACAACAAGUGCAUGGAUUUGAGUCAGGAUAAACACAAUUGUGGAGCAUGCAAGAAUAAGUGCAAGUUUACGAGUUCGUGUUGCCGUGGGGAAUGCGUGAAUUUGGCUUACGACAAGCGGCAUUGCGGGUUGUGUGGUAACAAGUGCAUGCCGGGUGGUUAUUGCAUAUACGGCCUCUGCAAUUACGCGUGACACACUCUUUGGUUGAAUGAUCUUUUGUUAAGUUCUUUUUAAAUACCCGACUUUCUAACGGGUUUGAAAAUAUUAUUACUACCGAAGAAUGUCACUUCUAUACACAAGAAACUUUAUGGGUUAUUUGAUCUUAAUUGAUCAAUAUUUUCAUUGUUAUUGUAACUAUUCAUACAAAUUGCUUCUAU